GAGAAAUUUCAAUGGCGAAGUUUAGCGAUGAGAAAUCGGACGGUUUAGAGAUAUUAUCAAUCGGCAAGCUUUAUGCUGGACCGUGGGAUAAGAAAUACUGGAGUUCAUCUAGGAGUCAUGUAGCUAAUAUAUCAGUUGUGGAGCUUGUGAAGCAUUAAUGGUUGUACAUACGAGUACUUUGCACAAUGCUGAGAAUUCCUGUAAAUUUUGAGCUCCUUCCGGGCAAAGACCGCUAUCCUUAUCCUAUUGGAUACAGUGCUCUAAGGACCCAAAAUGGAGUAGCUUACAAACUGGAAAUUCAUGAAGGCCUAAAUGGUCCAUUAUUUACGAUUAGUUCUACAGAUGGGCAGUCAUGUAGUGGGAAAACUCCAGAAAUUGCAUGUGACAGUUUCCAGAAAAAAGGAUGUCAAAUAAAAUUGUUGCAUGGAAAGAGAUAUUCCAGUAAGAUUGAUGGCGUGGAGUUUUUCGGGUUCAAGAACACAUUUGUUCAGAGGUUACUCAGGGAAUUGGUAGCGAAUAUCAGUGGAACGCCAGAGCAGAAUUUCUUGUCAUCUAUCUCUCUUAGGAAUGAGACAUCAGAGGCAGUAAACCAAACUGACAACGCGGGAUCAAAAACAGAUCCUAAUCAGCUAACACACUUGGAAACACAAAGUGCUGGGAAGAGAAAUAGGAAAGGUAGAACCAAUAAUAUCAAGUCAGCUGCCAGUACCGGUCUCAAAAAACCUCGACUUCAGAAUAAAAGUAGGGACAUCAAAGGUCUGAAAUCCGGCCAACAGGAAUAUGGAGAACAUCCGCCUCUCUUCUCUUCAAGUAAAGGGCCUUGCAAUAGUUCAGAAGCAUGGCAAGAGUCAGAGACCUUGCAAACAAUAAAUGAGAGAGAAAAAGUUCUGGUUCCAGUUGUAGAAUCUUUUGACAAAGAUGAUAACCUGAAAGUAGAUAGUCUUAUUCCUCAAGGAGGGAGGAAGCAUUUAAAUCCCGAGACUGAAAUACCAUUAGAAGAAUUGGUGGCAAAUAUCAGUGGAGGGCCGGAGCAGAAUUUGUCGUCUAUCUCUCUUAGCAAUGAGACAUCUGAGGCAGUAAACCAAACUGAACACACGGGAUCAAAAACAGAUCCUAAUCUGUUAACACACUUGGAAAAACCACAAAGUGUUGGGAAGAGAAACAGGAAAGGUAGAAGUAGAACCAAUAAUAUCAAGUCAGCUGCCAAUACCAGUCUCAAAAAACCUCAACAUCAGAAUAAAAGUAGCGACAUCAAAGCUUUGAAUUCUGGCCAACAGGAAUAUGGUGAACAUCCGCCUCCCUUCCCCUCAAGUAAAGGGUCUGGCAAUAGUUCAGAAGCAGUGCAAGAGUCAGAGACCUUUCAAACAAUAAAUGAGAGAGAAAAAGUUCGGGUUCCAGUUGUAGAAUCUUUUGACAAAGAUGAUCAUCUGAAAGUAGACAGUCUUAGUUCUCGAGGAGGGAGGAAGCAUUUAAAUCCCGAGACUGAAAUACCAUUAGAAGAAUUGGUGGCAAAUAUCAGUGGAGGGCCGGAGCAGAAUUUGUCGCCUAUCUCUCUUAGCAAUGAGACAUCUGAGGCAGUAAACCAAACUGAACACACAGGAUCAGAAGCAGAUCCUAAUCUGCUAACAGACAUGGAAAAACCACAAAUUGCUGGGAAGAGAAAUAGGAAAGGUAGAACCAAUAAUAUCAAGUCAGCUGCCAAUACCAGUCUCAACAAAUCUCGACGUCAGAAUAAAAGUAGUGACAUCAAAGCUUUGAAUUCCGGCCAACAGGAGUAUAGUGAACAUCCGCCUCCCUUCUCCUCAAGUAAAGGGUCUUGCAAUAUUUCAGAAGCAUUGAAAGAGUCAAAGACCUUGCAAACAAUAAUUGAGAGAGAAAAAGUUCUGGUUCCAGUUGUAGAAUCUUUUGACAAAGAUGAUCAUCUGAAAGUAGAUAGUCUUACUUCUCAAGGAGGGAGGAAGCAUUUAAAUCCCGAGACUGAAGUACCAUUAGAAGAAUUUACAGAAAUAUUAAAAGAUGCAAAGCUGUUUGAUAGGUCAAGAGUUCUGGAUGAGCCGGUAAUUCAGAACCAAAUGGCGGAAGAGAAGGACGGAGAAUCACCAGUUGAGAAUGAAACACAGAGAGUUAAUUUUGCCAAUCUUUGGGCACCUGAUACUUUGGAUCACCCACCAGAUGAUUCAUUUAGUCUCACCGCAGAGAUUGUGAAGGAUGGUGUAGCUGCUGUUACUACCACUGUUCCUGACUCUCUAAUAGUUGAUUCACAUCCCGAAAGUGAAAUGAAUACAUCUCGUUUGGAAGAGCACUCACAGAGAAGUGAGUCAGAUUCUGCUGGGAAUGAAAUAGCCAACUCAAUGAUGACAUUUCUGCUUCCUCGAGCACUCCCUCUGCUUAGGACAUACACUAGAAAGAAGAAGAAUGAUAUAAAGUCAUCAGAAAUAUCUAUCCGCAAUUCUCAGGAUGAAAAUAAGAAGAUUGAUGUCAGUGAGCUUGAUGAGAAUUUACUGCUCAGACAGAAGAAGGAAAACAUCAAUUUUCCAGUUCGAGGUUGCAUUCCAGCAUCUACAGCUUGUUCCCUUGCAGAAGCUGUUGUUCCUGAUAGUUUUGAUAAUGCAGAAGGUGGAUAUACUCCAAGUCAGGGGUUAGCUCAGAUUUUACAAGUAGCUGAAGCUGCUAAAGACGAUCAAAGUGUUCGAGGUUUACAAACCUGCAGAUCUGAAAUCGAGGGAACAUCAAAGAAUGAUAAUUUAGAAGCAAAGCAAUCAGUUUGCAAUGGUGAAACAGGAACAGAAAGAGAAAAAGACUUCUUACCAAGCACACAGAAAAUCGUUCAAGCAUCAAGAAAGGAAAUUAGUGGAACCCAAAAGACUGGCGCAAUUGUUAGUGGGGGCUUAACUAGCGUUCCACCUUCUGCGGAAUCAAUGGUGCAACAUGUUUCAUUAUCCGAAAGUAUCAUCUGCAGAGAUUUCAGAGAUGAUUCUGUUCCAGAGACAAGUGUCGACAUAAAUGCAAUGCACACCUCACAUUUCUUGCAAGGGAGUUCUUCUAAGCAGCGCCAAAUUGAACAAUCUAUAUCUGCUGAUGAACCCCACAUUAAUGGACCCCCCCUUAACUUCAGUACAAAAGAAAGUUUCAUUAGUACCAGUGGUACACCUUCUAACCUGGCCACCAGAUCACAAGAUCAAGAAAUGGAUCAGAUGUUAAACCAUAAUCAAACUUCAAAGCUUCUUGAUUCAACUGCAACUAAUUCUGAAGGCAACUUGACUGAAAAGUUGUCCGGAGACCAACAAUUUGUCAGGUUUACUGAUCCUCCGUUACAUAAGCAAAACGAGAAGAUAAAUUUUCCUGCUGACACCACUGAGAAAAAGGAGAACAAUGAGAAUUUAAACAUGGAAGUGCAGAAAGAUUUAAAGACUGAGAUUGAAAGUGGUGUUCUCAAGGUUAUUGCAGGCUAUGCCCAUCCCAUGCCAAUUUCAUCAGUGCUAUUAAGUACACAAGAAAAUUAUCUUUAUAUUUGUGUUUUAUGUGGUCAACCAUUGCAUGAGGAUAGAACUAUUUUCAUGUACAAGGCCCCAAUGGAUGGAGAAGAAAGGGGGUGCCCUUCAUUUAUUGGUCAUGUUUCCAUACGUUUUCUAUUGUCAGACGGUGCCUUUGGUGGAGAUAUUGAACUGGACAGUGCUGCUGUGCAGUUGACACCCAUUGGGCAGUCGCUUGUGUUGUUCAACAGUGUAAGAGCCCCAAGCUGCAGGGAGGGUGAUAUGAAGUGCCACUGCUCAUUAUGUGCUUUGAAUCUUUUCGAGGAAAAUGCAAUCAAAAUUGUGCAAAUUAGAAAUGGUUAUGUCUCUCUCAUUACUAAACUGAAAACAACGCUAAGGGUCUGUUGUAUAUUGGUCUGUCCACCUGAUCACCUUGUUGCUGUGGAAGAAAGUGGAAAGCUGUACAUAUGGGUCAUGAAUUCAAAAUGGAGUGCGGAGACAGAAGAAUGUUGUUUGCUGCCACCUGAUUGCCCACCCUUUUCUUCAACGAAAUUGAAAAGAAUACCAAAUUUUGCUAGCUUGGUUCUUGGGUACAAUGGAUUCAGCGAAUUUAGCCUAUGGGAUAUAAAGAAGCGCAUGCUUGUGUCAAAGUUUUCUGCUGCCAGUACUUCUGUUUUUCAAUGUCUUCCAGUUAGUCUUUUUAGAUGGCAAAGAAAGUUCACUGUUCCUGCAGGGAUCACAGAAGAGAUUAUUAACGAAAUAACAGAUGUCACAAAGAUGUCUUUCUUGGAAAUAAGUGACAAUCAAUCCUUCUGCUCAUUAGAGGAUAAAGAUGUGGCAAUCUGGCUUCUUAUUUCGACUGCUCCUGAUCCAAACUCGCCUGCUUAUCAAUCUAGUGAGCAGCAGUGUGACCCAGUUCAUUGGUGGAGGCUUGCUCUAUUGGUUAAUAACACAAUGAUCAUGGGAAAUUCUCUUGACCCAAGGGCUACUGCAAUUGGUUUUUCAGCUGGUUAUGGGAUUAUUGGGAGAAGUGAUGGACUGGUCUACUUGUGGGAACUAACUACAGGGAGAAAGCUCCAAAAUCUGCAUUACUUCAAAGAAGCAGCUGUGUCAUCCAUUGUCUCUGAGGACUCCAGCCAUCGUGCAGUGGCCAUAGCCAGCGAUGGAGGUCAGUUGCUGGUAUAUUUGCGAUCUUGACAGGCUCUGUUCAUAUUGAAUGAAUAAACUUUUACUCCACCUUUAAUAAGUUACAUGGACGUAUCAGCCAAUUUUUCAAGCCUAAUGUCUAGAACCCGAUAGCUUGGUAGGCCUUGGAUACCAAACAAACGAGGCUUUGGUUGGGCAAAGCUCUUUGUAGAUCUGUCAAAUUGUAUAUUUCCGCGAUUCUAUUUGAUCCCAAUCCAAGUACGAUCAUAGAUUGUAAAUAACAGGUUAAAGUUGGAUCUUAAAAUAAUGAGGAUCCAUUAUAUUUCCCUUUUAGUAUUUUCUACAACUGCCAUCUAGUUUUCUUGAA